AUGAAAGUAACUUGAAGCACUUUAUGGCGCAACAAAACCACUCUAAAGUACUGUAAGAGUCAUCCGAAACCUAUAUGAGGCUAUUGAAAAUCUUUGCUUAAUGGCCAAAGAGAUGAAGAGAUUGCCAUUAUUUCUCAAGAGUUCAAUGAUAUGAUUGAUUAUAGUCAAGAGCUAAUAUACAAUGUCGAAAGUGACUUUGAUUAUUACCGCCUUGAAGAAUACUUUCCAAAGUUUAAAAAAAUCCUAGAACUAUAUAAGAAAGAUUUUGAAAUAAUUCGUUGUGAUACAAUUAAGGCUCUUGAGAAAGGAAGAGUCAAAAAAUUUAGGAAAUGAGAGACUCAGUUGGAAAAAUUCUUAGAUGAUUUUAGAGAGGAAGAGGUGAUAAUGGGAGUCAUGAGUUUUCUAUACGAAUCGAUAUUGUUUGAUAUGAAAAAUAGUGUCACAAGCAGUGAUACUACAGAAAGUGAAUAUAUUUCUAAUAAAGAAACAAAAGCAUCAGAAGACAACCUAGAUAAAUCAAUUGAACCUACCAUUUUCGCUGAAGAAUCAAAGAAAGCUGUUGAUAUUGUUGGCAUUCAGUCUCCUGAUGAUCUAAGAUCUAAAUAUUUUCCAAAAGGAAAUCUGAAGGAAUAUUUGUCUGAGCUUUCACUGAAUUUAUCUAACAAAGAUGAUGUUGAUUUUAUGAAAGAAUUUAUCAAAAAGAAGCAACCGAUUGACGUUGAAAAAUAUACCUUUGAACUUCCAGAAAACUAUGGUGAUGAACUGAUAAUCAGAGAAUUCAUUGAUACCUGAGUGAAUCCCAAAGUAUGCAAGGAGAUUGAGUUCAUCAAUACUUUAAAAUUGGAUUUCCUCUGAUUUUCACCAUAUGAAAGCUGAAUUAGCAAAAUAAUGGAAGCAGGAGAUUUCAGAUUAUAUUUACAUAAUUUCGUACUUGACAAAGAUACACUAGAUAAAUUUGCAACUAAAGUGGAGUCCAAAAAUAUAUUGAUAGACCUUGACGACUGCUGGCUAAAACAUUGAAAUUGCAAAAAGCCUGAGAAGAUAACUUGGCAUAAUGAAAAGCAGUGGAACCUAAAUUAUGUCAAAUACGAAAAAUGAGAAGGCGAUCCAGCUUUUAUAUCAUAA